AUGUUCAACCUGGUGAGGAACUGGAGCUUUGUGCGUGAUUGGCUUAUGGGGCUACCACCUCUUCCUGAUCUGCUCUGGUCUCACCACACGAGCGCCUCGGUAGCUGAGGAGCUCCUACCGGGUUUGUCGGAGGACUCUACCACCUGCAGCCGACGGGGUCCAUCCCUGGUGUCCACCCGGGCUGUGGUGGGAGCCAUCCCCGGAGCCUUGGGCAGGUCUAGGGCGGUGGGCGACUGGGCUGAGAAUACGCCGCGCUUGCGGCACAGUAGCACCAACGGGUGCGGCUGCCCUCCAGGUGAGACUCUUGAGGUGAUGCCGGAGCAAAACCUGUUGAUCGAGUCCGUUCAGGCAGUGCAUCAGCAUACUGACUCGCUGCUGAACCUUCUGAUGAAGGCCAAUGGCAAGCCUGCGGUCAGCCACGUCAGCCACCCGAGCCAUUGCGAGUUGGAUGCGGAGCUGGAGUGUGAAGAUCAUCCACCACCUGAGUUUGAGCCCAUUCUGCAGAACUGUGGGCCAUCCACCGCGGAUGGGCUGACGCCUUUGUGGCCACUUCCAUGCCCUUCGCCCAGCAGCAGUUCCUGGCUGCUGGAGGGUCGGGUUCGACAGCUCUGCCGAGGCCAUGCAGCACCCCUUGCGGUCUUCGAACAUUGGGAUGCGCCGGUGCUGCAACACGGACCGCGGCCGCUGACGGUGUGUUGGAUGGGAGAUGUUGGAUGGGGCGUGCGGUCCUCUCAAGAGCUCCCUGUUGGCAGCUUCGUAUGCGAGUACACAGGCGAAUUGCUGCCCGACGCUGAAGCUGAAAGCCUAAGCCCCGGGCGUGAUGCGUAUUUGUUCAACCUGACCACGCCCGAGCAAUGUAGAGGACUUGGUGCGCAGGUUGACAGUGGUGGUGAGGAGCAACAUCCGGUCUACGUCAUUGAUGCCUACGUCAAAGGGAACGUGGGUCGUUUUCUAAAUCACGCCUGUGGACCAUCGAACGAAGCCAAUGUGAGUCCCACGUACGUCUUUGUGGUGGAGAAGGAUGCAGAUGUGGUCGAUGCCAAGCUCCCCCGCGUGGCUUUCUUCGCCAAUCGCAACAUCGCACCUGGGGAGGAGCUUCGCUACGACUACGGCAUGCCCCCGGAAGCCGUGCUGGAGGCGGACGGACGGAAUCAACCCAAGAAUUUGCGUUCUUUCUCCCUGGCUGUUGAUCACAGCACUGGUUGGACAGAUUGGCAGCAGAGCCGUCCGCAGUGA